CUCUUGGGGAUUCGAGGCCCUGUUGUGAAACUUGGAGCUUUAUUAUCGAUGUGAGUUAAUCUGAGUUUGCAACCAUAGACCCAUACAGGGACCCAAGAGAUGACGGUAUUACACAAACACUUGAUAUUAGCGUUUAAAAUUUAGAUAAUACAGGUGGCUGGUUGAAACCGCAUAAAGAACCAGUACCUUGUUGGUCCACAAGUGGACGCCUCGACGUUCUGAUCGUCCUCUUUCUGGAUUGCCAGGGGCGUGGCUGAGGCAAGGGCGCCUCUUUUCUUCUCCGAGCUUUCGCAGGGUUCCUUGGAGGGAAGGACCAUGAAGUACAACCCAAAGGUGAGCUCUUCCCGGCGGAAGAGCCGGAAGGCUCACUUCACUGCCCCCUCCAGCGAGAGGCGCGUCAUCAUGAGCGCUUCUCUGUCCUCUGAGCUCAAGGGCAAGUACGGGGUGCGUGCGGUCCCUGUGCGGAAAGAUGACGAGGUCCAGGUGGUGCGGGGCACGUACAAGGGCCGGGAGGGCAAGGUUGUGCAGGUGUACAGGAGAAAGUGGGUCAUCCACAUUGAGAGGAUCACCAGGGAGAAGGUCAACGGGGCCACCGUGAAUGUUGGCAUCCAGCCUUCCAAGGUUGUCGUCACAAAGCUCAAGCUGGACAAGGACAGGAAAGCGCUGCUAGAGCGGAAGAAGAAGGGCCGGGAAACCGAGAAGGGCAAGGGCAAGUUCACUGACUCCGACAUCCAGGCCAUGCAGGAUGUCGAUUAGGCUGCGAGCUUUCGUUCCACUUCCCUUCAAUACUUUUGCUGCCAGAAGAACGGAUCCCUUGUCCCUCAUCAACUUCGGUGUGCAUGGAAUGUCCCUGCUCAAGUGGGGUUACUACGCCAUGCACAUUAUUCAAGCAUACACAAAUCCUUUACGGUUGCACUUUUUUAUCUCUGGCGCGUUUUGGGUGAGGUGAAGUGAGUCGAAGGUGUCCUAUGUUUUGGCAUUGCCUCGACGCGACGGUUGUCUGCAUCAAAGGCUUGAUGUAAGACGGUUGGACAAUGUGACAAACACAGAGCGGGCCUGCACUGACUGAUGAGCAGUUGUACAUAUAUACAUUAUUGCAAAGGGCAGCCUGUCAUGCUUUUUGUUUGUACUUGGAACUUCUCUCAACCAUUCUCCAUAUAGUCCGA